CUUUUCGAAACGUGGACUGAUCUCUGCUCGCAGAUGCACACACAUAAUGAACUAGAGACAAACCUUAUUUUGGAUUUGGCCUAAACGAAAGGCUCCUGCCGAGGAAAAAAAGAAGCAGCAAAACGUAGGAAAACCUCAGUGUCCUCCAAAUAUUAACCCGAGAACUCUGAGAGAGAGAGAGAGAGAGAGAUGGAGGGGAGAGCGAGGGGUUCACUGCCGUUUGUGGGGAUGAUCAUGGUGGUUCUGGCUCAAGCGGGCAACAUGGUGGUGAUGAAGAUGGCCAUGUCCGACGGGAUCAACAAGUACACCAUGGUCUUUUACUGCAAUGCCCUCUCCUCUCUCGUCCUCCUUCCUUGUCCCCUCAUCAUCUCUCGCAGGUCAGGGUCGUGUCCUCCUCUCACUUUCGCUGUGCUUUGCAAGAUCUUCUUGCUAGCUCUGCUUGGAUUCGCAGCACAGAUGUGCGGGUACGUCGGCAUCGAUUACAGCUCCCCUGUUCUGGGCACGGCCAUGAUGAACCUCAUCCCAGCUUUCACUUUUAUUCUCGCCAUCAUUCUAAGGAUGGAGAAAGUGAACUGGAAAAGCUGGAGCACCCAAGCUAAGCUUGUGGGAACCAUUACAUCAAUUCUAGGCGCAUUCGUAGUCACUCUCUACAGGGGUCCUCCGGUUCUCCGCUCACCACGGCCUCCUUCUGUCCAGCCUCAUCGCCGCCUUCCUUUUCUUCUCCUGCAACAAUCAAAUUGGAUUCUGGGCGGGUUCCUCCUCGCGGCCCAAGCUUUCUUGUUAGCAUCGUCGUACAUUCUCCAGGCAUUUAUCCUCAAAGAAUACCCGGCGGUGCUGAACUUGAUGUUCUACGUGAUGUUCUUUCUGACAAUUCUUUCCGGGCUAUUGUCCUUUAUUACAGCGAGAGAACUACAGUCAUGGAUUCUGAAAGUUAAUGUGGGUCUGAUCGCUAUUUUGUACUCGGGUGUGGUUGCUGUUGCCUUUGGAUCCACAUUGGGUACGUGGUGCGUGAAGAGAGCUGGACCUGUUUAUGUCUCCAUGUUCAAGCCCUUGGGAAUUGUAUUUGCUGUUGGAUUGGGGUUCCUAUUUCUCGGUGAAAUGUUACAUCUUGGAAGCUUAAUUGGGGCACUUGUGAUUGUGAUGGGAUUCCACACGGCGGUGUGGGCCAAGUCUAAAGAGGAAGAGAAGGCGAUCGAGGGGAGCGGGGUUGGGGGGAGCUUUGCAUCCUCCAGCCAUGACACUCCUUUGCUCCAAAACCAAGCUUCGAGUGUGUAGAUAUUAUUGGC